GAUGGCGGCGCGCUUCAGCGAAAUUUGAACAUCUGUUUUGUCGCGAAAUUUCUAGCUAUGGAAGACUUACGUGAGAAAAAUUUGGCUGAUAAAGAAGAGGAGGGUUGCUAUGCAAUUGUUAGUAACAUUCCGAAAGAAUUUCGCUCUUCUGAUUUGCGAGCAAUGUUUUCUAACUUCAUCAACGACGAAUCGAAGGGUUUCAAGUGUUUUCAUUUCCGUCAUCGGCCUGAGUUCAGACAUGGGGCGGGCUCUAAUGGUGAAGAUAAAGAAAUCAAGACGCCCUCGACCACGUGCUGCGUUAUAUUUAUCUUAAAGGAGAAGCUUCAAGACCUAAUUAAUUGUUAUCAUGGCAAGAACUGGGUUGACCGAAAUGGAAAAUAUUUCCCUUCUAAGGCAUUUAUAUCAAAAAUCAGAGUUAAAGAAGGAGAAGGUUCUGCAGAAGACCUUUAUAGAACAAAACAAGACAAAAAACAGAAUCCUUCUCCAAGGACAAACUUAGAGUUUUCACAACAUGACCUCAGGGAAAUGAUAGAGCUUCAUCCUCCUCCUCUGAUGCCCAAUGGCAAUGUUGGAACACCCUUGUCUGUAUUUAAGGAGUUGAUAAGAACUUGCAAACUGCCUCCUCAUGUAAUAAAAAAACUAGAUCUUAAUUUUUCUAUGGGAAAGUCCAAAAAGAAGUACAGCAAUGUUCCACUGAAUUACACAAGCCUGGAAAAAGGAAGGGUUCUUUUGAGUUCAGGACCAAACGAUAAAGACCACCAUUUGGGAAGGGAUGCAAAGAAAAGUGAUUCACUCAAAGACAGCUCUUUGUCAACUCCUGAUAGUUCAAAAAUGCAAAGUUCUGAACGGGAUAAUGUGGAAAAUGUUUCUGAGAGGAAAGAUAUUUAUGUGGUUGAUGUCAGUGGUGGUGAUGAUGAUGAUGAUGAGAGGGAUGUCGAGGAAUGGGAGAGACAUGAAUCAUUGCACAAUGAUGUCACUAGUCAAGAACGCACUAAAGAGAGAUUAUUUGAAGAGGAUAUUGAACUGAAGUGGGAGAAAGGUGGAAGUGGGCUUGUCUUUUAUACUGAUGCAGCCUUCUGGAAACAACAAGAUGAAGCAGACUUUGAUGAGGAAACUGCAGAUGAUUGGGAUGUAGAUAUGGAAAUUUAUGAAAAUCCAGGCGGAGGCGACAAAGACUCCAGAGAUCUUCUCCAGAUGCGAGUAGAAAAGCAAUGGAGGAAAGGAAAUGAUAUUGACUUAAAUAAAAUAGGAGGGUUUGAGAAACAUACAAAAGGAUUUGGAAGCCAAAUAUUGAGAAAGCAAGGCUGGAGAGAAGGAGGAAGCCUUGGUUCAUCCCAGAAAGGUAUAACAGAACCUGUUUUUGCUGAAGGACAAUUACCAAAGUGUAAGCGAGGCUUGGGUUACUAUGGUGAGAAGUUACAGCGACAUGCGAAACGACCAAAAGUUAAAAGAAUUAUAUCAACUGUUUACGAUGAACUGGAUAGCAAUGAAGAGAAUCUUUUUGAAUCAUGGGGACCUGAUAAACUAAAAAAUCGAGUGACAAAUGAAUGAGUGGCAAAAAUAGUAGGUGCACACUGUAAACGGAAAUCAGCAACAACAACAACAAAAUUUCUUUAUCUUAACAAUGUAGCAUUCUAACAAUCCCCACCUACAAAAUAGUGAAGCUAAUUUAGGUGGGAGGUAAAUAGACAUUAAAAUACAUUCUUCAAUACCAAGUUUGACCAAACAAAGGAAAUGACCAAGAGAGCAUGCAUAUACACCAACAAUGAAAAAUAGUAGAUGAGCCAAUCAGGUACUAUAUUGUAAUUAACCUCUCAUUAACCUCCCUUUUCAAAUAAUGUUGCAAUAAGUAAGGUACCAUUUUGUUUACACCAGGCAACAUUGAAUGGAAAGAGAAGCAAACAAAAGUCUUCCUUAGCACUCAAGCCAUCUACUUGUGAUGAAAUAAAGUCUUUCCGUUCUUCACUUCAUCUUUUGGUAGACUCUUUUAACAGUUAGGAGCAAUGGAAGAAGAAGAAAGUAUUUUUGACCCAAAUAGUGAUGCUUUUCUGGUAAUAACCAGAGCAGCUGCUGUUUGGGAAUUUGCUUAUUAAGCUAGGUUACUGAGUUGUUGUUGUUGUUUUUUUAAUUACAGAUGUAGUUGAAUUUUUAGUACAUUUGAAAUGAAUGUCAGGAGAGUUAGUCACUCUCUAAAGUCUCAGAAUGCAAAAGCCAUAAUUUCAGGUAUUCUUUAGAAUGGUAGUGACAAAAGUUACUUGAUUUCUAGAAUAUACUUCUCCUUUUAAUACAGAUGUAGGUUUGGAAGGAAAACUUCAGUACAAAUUUGAGAAUAAAAUUUUGAUUUUUUAUUUUGAAAAAUUCAACACUUGUCUUAAGUGACUUGAGAGGGGGGGAAUUUUCAACUUACAGGGGGCAAUGUACUUUAUACAGUUAUGAAGAACUAAGCUUCCAAUUAAGGUUAAAGUUAUCAAAUUAUUGUGUCAUUCUCAACACUAGUUCUUUGUUGCUUGUGAUUUACCUUGGUGCAUGGAUUUAGAGGAUCGUUAUGUACAUCAAACAUUAAUACUAAUUUGAGUUCACAGAGGCUAAAGAAAUCCUAUUACUAUAGUGUGCAGUACCUCAUCCUCAACUGUAUAAAACUUCAACGUUUAGCAAGAUCGUAUUCACAUUUUUACACCUAUUGUAUACAUUGUAAAUAAGAUGGUAAAUAUAUAGUUCUAUCAGAGGCCUGAAAGGAAUAAAACUUAAAAGGCUUUGGAUGGUCAAUAGGAAGCAUGAUUUUAAACAAUGUAAUGUAAAAUAAAUUGAACAUUCCUGCAUGCUUGUAGGACUGAAACUUUUAUAGUAAAUACUCACUACUCACUUGUUUCUUUACUCACUUCUCUUGUUUUUCAACAAAAUUAGCUUGGUUAAUUUGACUAGUGUCAAAAACUCAAUCCUGAAGUGAGCUAGACACCAAGAGAGAUAAUUAAGCAACACAGUCUCCACAAUAAUAAACAUUACUUAAAUGUU